GUAACGUUAACACACUUCUUGCAGUUCUAACAGAGUAAUGGUAGAGAAGAGUAUAAUAUUUCCAUCGCCAUGAAUAGUAGAUUUAAAAUUAGUUUUCUUUAGUGCUGGAAGAUCACUUGACAUGACAAGCUAUGCUUCAUAAUGGUGCUGGGACAAGUGGAGGACAAGACAGCGGCAGUAGUACAAAAGACCAGAAGCAACUUCAUCGGCUGGUAGAAGAGCCUCCUGGGUUUUCCAGAUCACAGAUAAAGUACACAGCAGGCAAUUCGUCUUCAAGAGCCACUCAGUGCAUCAUCACAAAGGGCCCCAGUGAAAAAAACAACAAGCAACAUCAGCAGUCCAUCCUGCAGAGACCAUCAGUUCUCCGCAAGGGCAACCAGACUCUGACACACGCCUUGUCCAGCCAGUCUGGUGUGGGUGACAGUUCCACUGAACUCGUAUUCAAGGAAGAAAUGGACAAUAAACUGCCAGUCCACUUGCCAUCUUAUGACACAGACUAUCCCACCAGAGUGAAUGCUUCUGGACCAAGUCCUGCUCAGAGCACAACAGAGCACCAUACAGAUCCUCCACAGAUAGUCUCUGAAAACCUUUUAUUUAACAAAGGUGUGUGCACCUGGCCAGGCUGCAAGGAAGCGUUUAAGGAAUAUAAUCACUUCCUGAAACACCUCUAUUCUGAGCAUGGCCCUGGGGAUAAAACCAUUGAACAAUGGAGAAUGCAGAAAAAUAUGGUCGAACGCAUGGAGAGUCAGUUGGUUGUGGAGAGGCAAAGGCUACAGUCCAUGUACCUGCAUCUGUUUGAUGCUAACCCAAGACUGAAGCAGUCCAGUACUCCUUCAGGAAGCCUGCAGUCCUGUCAGAGUUUGAGCAUUCUACAUGCACAAAACACAACCUCAUCUGACGUGCUACCUCCAGGAUACUGGCAGAUCCCUACAACGCCAUUCAUACCGGGAAUUGUCCCAAGUAUUGAGUGCUACAAAUACACAAACAUGAGGCCACCAUUUACUUAUGCCUCCAUGAUAAGAUGGGCGAUUCUUGAAUCUCCCGAAAAACAGCUAACACUGAAUGAAAUCUAUCACUGGUUCACACGCAAGUUCUUCUACUUCCGUCAUAACACAGCCACCUGGAAGAAUGCAGUCCGGCACAACCUAAGCCUCCAUAAGUGCUUUGUACGUGUUGAUGGAGGGAAAGGCUCUGUUUGGACAGUGGAUGAGGCAGAAUUUCUGAGAAGGAGAGGGCAGAAGUUACACAGGUGCACUAUCCCAAAACGGUUAAGUCCACUGAACAUUCAGGACAUAAGUGAUAAAUGCAAAAUGUAGCUCUUCUUUAUAUAACAUUAGUUACUGUAUCUGGGUGGCUGUAAGUGAUGCAUACAAAUUGCAUUAUCAUGUUUUUAUAGUUCAGUCCUGUACAUGAACUAAUGCAAAUGUUUAGAGUCUUUUAAUCUAUUAACGACCAAUUUUCCUCUUAUAUUCUCCAGGGACCAAGACAUGAGCUGGGUGGCACACUAUUCCAUGUUUUAUUCUUGAAAUUACAUUCUUCAGUGUGAAGUCACUUCUUGAGACAUUCUGUGCAAUGUCAACAAUACCUCAAAGUGUCUCUUUCAGUGGAUCUACGAGUAAUUUCUGAUUUUCAUUAGGCUUCAUUCUCUUUGACCUGCCAAUAUGGCAAGCUUUCAUGGAGUUAGAUUUAUUUCAUUAAAAUUUUGAAUUUAAAUGCAAAAAAAAUCUGAAUUUAUGGGUUCUGGGUUCUGUAUUCACCUGCUUUUACCUGCAAGUUAUUUUGAAAGGGAUUCUAAAAAUGUGAAUAACUAAUUUUAAACUUUCAAAAGUUCAGUUGCACACUCUUAAGCAUGAAAUUCAGUUUCAGAUUUUGCAAACCAAGAAAUUCAAGUUCAGUACAAAAUUCAAUUUCAGAUGUUUGCAUUUUGUAUGCCAUUUCUGAUGGGAUGAUUUUCACUCAAUAGCUUUUUAGCUGCAGAAAGACAGAUGCUCUACAUAGGCAGAUGCCUAGAAUACUAAGGUACACAAAUUCUUGUGAUAUUUCAUUGUAUUUAACUGGUCUUGACUGUCCUAUUUUACAAAAUAAAAAUAUGACUUUG